AGCCAUUCGCCGAAUCGCCAGUUUCGGCGUUGGUUGGCGGCGCAGCGGGAUGGCGUCGGGCUUGGUAAUGAAUGAAGAGCUUUCUAAGAUACUGAACGAGCUUUGGAAAGCUGACGAGAAUCGUCUACUGCCCGAGGUGGACUACCAGAUAUACGUGCAGGGUAAGGCCUAUUAUGUCGCUGCUGGCAGCAACAGAGCGAGGGACUGUGCCCGCUAUCCCUUGUUCUCCUACGUAAAUGAGGAACGUCUGAAGACAAUUAAAUCCUUCGCAACAUUCAUUGCUCUCCUGGAUAACUAUGAAAUGUCGACUGGAAUUGCGGAGGUCGUGACCCCUGAGGAAAUGGCUGAAAACUUCCGUUUUCUGGACGCGAUUCUGGAAACAAAGGUCAUGCAGCUGGCUCACCAGUACCUCGCCAGUAAAAACCUGACAUCAGCCGAUCCACAGGACUUCAAGCAGCACCUUUAUGACAUCUGGUUCAAGCUGUACUCUAGAGGAGGAGGCCGUGGGCGGGACUCCUCCGGGUUCGAGCACGUGUUUGUGGGAGAGACCAAGCGAGGGAGAGAGAUCAUGGGACUGCAUAACUGGGUCCAGUUCUACCUGCAAGAGAAACGCAACCACAUCGAUUACAAAGGCUUUGUGGCAAGGAAAGACAAGAACAAGCCCGAUGAGGACGAUCAUGUCUUGACCCUGCAGUUCAGCUGGAAGGAUAUGGUGAAGCCAGUCGGCAGCUCCUUCAUCGGGGUCAGUCCGGAGUUUGAAUUCGCCCUCUACACGAUCUGCUUCCUCCUGUCGCAAGGCAAGGUGUCGCGGGAGCUGGUGAUGGUGGAUGAAUACCACCUGCAAAUUGUUGUGUACCGUCAUGGCAAGUACAUUGGGACAUCGUACCCCGUCCUCCUGAGCAACAACAACACUCCCGUGGAAUGAGUCUCCAAGCCAGUGUGGCUUCUCAUCAGCUCAUUGCCGAAUCCGUCCGGGAACAGGCCUACUGAUGUUGGGAAGUUUCCAUGUGUUCCAUGCUUUGUGCUAAUGUCCUGCACCGAAUGCCAGGGUGUGCCUUACCAGAUGCUCUCUUCUCCACCCCACACCCCCCCCCCACUGCAUUGAUCCAGCUUACUCCCUCCCCCUACCCUCACAUUCCUCUAAAUAUAGGAGCAGAAUCAGGCCAUUUGACCCGUCCAGUCUGCUCUGCCAUUCCAUUAUGGCUGAUUUAUUAUCUCUCUCAACCCCAUUCUCCUGCUUUCUCCCUGUAACCUUUGACCCUCCCACUAAUCAAGAACCUAUCGACCUCCACUUCAAAUAUACGCAAAUGACUUGGCCUCCAAAGCCUUCCUUGGCAAUGAGUUCCACAGAUUCAUCACCCUUUGGAUAAAGAAAUUCUAAAUGGACAUCCCUCUAUUCUGAGGCUGUGCCCUCUUGUCCUAGACUCCUUCACUAUAGGAAACAUCCUCUCCUAUCUUUCCUUUCGGUAGGUGACCAGAAUUGCACACAGUACUCCAAAAUAGGCCUCACCCGCAUUGCAUACAAUUUCAACAUAACAUCCCAUCUCUUGUACUCCAUACUCAAGGUUUAUAAGGCUGUUAUGUUGGAGGCCAUUCAUAAGAAAUGUUAUAUGUUAAACUGGCAUUGUAUUUGUAUUUGUUAUGGCUUCAUUUGCUCUGCUGCCUUCACCAUAGGAUUCUGUGCUUUCCUGUGGCCUUAAUAUAUUGUGUUAGUGCUCUACCUAAGCAAUCAAUUGUAAUUGCAGUUUAUAAUUUAAAUUUUUAAAUGGCACAAGUUGGCAUUUCACAUUGUUUUCAAGUCACCCAAUCCUGUCUCAGUAUGGGAAAUAUUGAUGGUAACUAACUAGAUGAAGUCUCAGUUGGGGCAGUUCCGGAGUCUCUGAAGCUGCCCAUCAGACCCAGUGGUCAGUGUUGUUAACCUGGCUGCUGCUGCAGUGUGGUGAAAGGAAAUUUAAAUGGUUCCGAUUGGACUGGAUGGGUUGAAGCACCUAUUUCUAAGCUGUAGUUUCUAAGAUUUUAUGAAUUUAUAAGUUUGGUGUUCAAGUUCAAGGCUGAUUGUUAUUCAACCAUACAGCCAAACAAAACAGAGUUCCUGCAGAUGCAAAACACAGUACCAACAGAUACACAGCACGGGGCACAUAUAUGAUAGCAGUAAACAGUCGCACAGAAAGUAUACAGAUAGCCCAAGACCUUGAAUGACAUAUUGUGUAAAUUGAUGGUGCGUUGGUGUUGUCAGCCCCCAGCAGUGCAGACAGACAUACACACACAUGCAUGAGUGCAAUGCAGCUUGUCUUCCAACAAGUGAACACUGGAGGGCAGCACUGACAGGAGCUGGGCUCUUGCCCCAUGGUUUAAUAAUUAUCCUCUGUUUGCAGCUUGGUUAAUGUCAGACUCAGAGCUGGACACUUAGCAUAAAACUACACACAAAAAAAGUGCUGGUGAAUGCAGCAGGCCAGGCAGCAUCUAUAGGAAGAGGUACAGUCGACAUUUCGGGCCAGGACCCUUCGUUGGGACAAAACUAUUUGGGAUUUCAGAUUCUGAUUUACUCAGAUUCAGAUGUAUUUAUUGCAAAACUUUCACUAUCUAUUUGUCCAUGCCCUGUCCCUCAUAACUUUAUAAAUGUGUGUAAUGUCAGCCCUGUAUUCCAGUUAGAAACAUCGCAGCCCAUUCAUUUAUUUAUUGAAACAUGUUGUUUGCAUAAACGACAUAUACGCCCAAAGAUGUGCUGGGGUUAGCGUGCAAAUGUCACCACACAUUCUGGCACCAACAUAGCAUGCCCACUAUACUCAAACCCUGAACAAACCUACAGAGCAAGUGGGGUUAAAGGAAUUUCUGCUCCUUGUACAAAAAUAAAUGUUUAGCUAUCUGGUACAAUCCAUAAGCCGAUGCACAACUUGCCAUGCAAGCAGCUCACAAAACAGCUGCAUCACAGUUAACUCUGUUGGGAAAGGCACCAAACUUGAUUACAUUAUCUUUUAUUUCUCACUUUAUAAAGAAAACCUUCAUUCCAACAAGUAUCAGUUCAUUUUUCCCAAAAAAACUGAUUUAAUUUCAUAGUACACAGAGUACAGUACCAGCCCUUCGUCCCACGAUGUUGUGCCAACCUUUUAAUCUACUCUAAAGUUAAUGUAACCCUUCCCUCUUGUACAGUUCUCCAAUUUUCUAUCAAUCAUAUGCCUAUCUUAAAUGUCUUAAUGUAUCUGCCUCUACCACCAUCCCUGCAGUGCUUUCCACACCCUCUGAAUUAAAAAAAACCUACCUGACAUACCCUCUGAAAUUUCCUCCAAUCACCUUAAAAUUGUGCACUCUCAUAUUGCCAUUUCCGUCCCAGGAAAAAGCUUCUGGCUAUCUACUUGAUCUAUGCUUCAUCUUCCAUACCUAUUGUGACCUCUCAUCCUCCUCUCCAAGAGGAAAGCCCUACAUCAACUGAUCUUCAUGAGACGUGUUCUCUAAUCCAGGCAGCAUCCUAGUAAAUCUCCUCUGCACCCUCUCUGAAGCUUCUCUAAGUCAUUUAUUCUGACAUGGCUGAUGUCCUGAUGAAGGGGCUCCGUCUGAAGCCGCAGACUGUUUAUUCAUUUCCAUCAAUGCUACCUGACCUGCUGAGUUUCUCCAGCAUUUUGUGUGUUACUCUGGAUUUCCAGCAUCUGCAGAAUCUCUUGUGUUUGUGAUGUUUAACACAGCCUGCAGACAUGAUACAUGAAUAGGUACUGGAAAAUGUUCACUGUAGCAUACUUGACUGAAUCUUUUCUUUCAGCUACUGGUAGAUAACAAAAAUUUCUUGUCAGGAAAUCAUAUUGGUCUUUGUUGUCCUAGGGGCUUCAUUCUGCAAUUAAAAUGAUUCAGAUCCCCUUUAUUUGUCACAUGUAUUUCGAAACAUACAGUGAAAUGUGUCAGUUGCAAGUUUUUUUUGAAGUAUUAUCUGUCUUAUGUAAUGCUUGUGCAAAUUUGUAUAAUCAACAAGCCUUUAAUAAAAUUAUAUGUGA